AAAAAAGGAGGCGGGAAGGAGAAACAAAGAGGAAUGCUGUGAUGUCACUCCACACCACACCACACAUACAAAGGCUUGAGGGAGAGAAACACUCUACACACACACUUCUGCUGACUGUGUGCCUCUCAUUCUAGAUAAAACAAACAAGUACAUGCUGAUCGUGUGUGCAAGGAAUGAGCAGAGCCGAAACAAUUGGAUCCAGGUGCAGGAGGACAGGGGUAAUUCUCUCCUGAGAAGAGGAAAAGGAAGAGGAAAUAACUGAACAAUCGCAUUAGCAGGAGGGCUUCCUGUUUACCUGCAAACACACACUUUCGUGUUUCCCAACACUCUGUACCAGGUCCUUCAUAAACCCACACACGCCAAUAUGCUGCAGCAAAUUCUUACAAACAUGUACGUCGACCCGGACAUCCUGGAGGCGCUGAACGACGAGCAGAAGAAGACGCUCUUCCUGAAGAUGAGAGAGGAGCAAGUGCGCCGUUGGAAGGAGCGAGAGGAGAAGGAGGAGAAGGAAGGCAGGAUGGAGAUACCCAGGCCAAGGAAAGCCACUUUCAAGAAAGUGAGUUGGCUCCUGGGACGAGAUGGAGACGUGCAUGUGCGUGUUAUCGGAGAGACGGACGAGUUCAAAUCAUCCAAACUUCUCCUGUCUGAACUCGGGGAAAGGAAAGAGAACAACCUCAACACCACCAACAGACCUCAGACUACUGGACAUCUCAAAAGCAGCCUGGACAUCAGAGGGAACCAAAAGGACAGCAAUAAGCCCGGGAUAGAGCUGCUGCUCAGAAAAGCAGAACAGAUGAACCACUCCAACACUCUUCCAUACAACAACAGUCACUGCACAGAGGAGGUGAAGAACCAAACGGACGACUCUUCAAAUCUGAUAACGCCUAAAUCAUACAGGACGGACAGAGAGCCAUCCGUAGUGGCGAGACUGAACCAGUUCAGCUUGCAGAAAAACACUGUGGAGCGAGACGAACAGGAAAGAGGAGUGGCAAGCGAACAAGGGCUCAGUUCUCCCUUCGGAAGCCGUGUGGCUCAGCUAAGGAUGAACUUUAACUCACCGAACACGAAAGUCCCCUCACCAUGCACUAAACCACCCAUUCCUACCAAGCCGGCUCAUCUUCUGACUGCUGCCUCUGUCAGAUAAACAGCAAAGACUGACAGAGAAAACCAAAUCACUUCAGAUAAACACUAGCUACGAGUUCCUGAUUGUUUAACAUUAGCAUAACUGUAAAUAAUACGUUGGUGCGCAAAGCAAAGUCUCCAGCGCCACCGCACAAGGGACUAUUUCAGUCGGUUGUACGGAUAUACAGCAGGCUGUGGUGUCAGUGCGGAAGAAAUAAAAGGUGAUCUACUGUAUAUGAUAUCACAACCCUUUCAAUCACUCCACUGCUGCAAGUCGAUACGCACAGCCUGGACUUUAGCAAUACAUCCUAUUUUUUUAACAAGCUGUGACAUCCACUGUAGCUCCUCUAAGCCUUUUUUAUAUAUACACACACACACACCAUUUUUAUCCAGUGACAGAAGACCAAAGACGUUUCUAGAUGUUUUCUACUUGUUAUUGAAUGUGUUUUGUAAAUACAAUGAUGUAACAAAAAUGCAAAUAAAA